AUGGGGUUGACGCCGGUAGUCAAGCUUGCCCUUCAAGUGGCUGGGCCGCUUUGCAUCAGGCGGCCCUUGACAACCAAGCAGAGGCAGCGGAGGUGUUUCUUGAAGCCGGGGCCGAUGCUAACAUGGAAUCGCUCCCUGGUUCGCACUGCUACCCCUCUCUCGCCGCCGCUGAACGCAUGUCCAACGAGGCCCUGCGCGUAUUGUUGAGAAACGGAGCCAAUCCGAAUAAACCAGGCGAAAAUGGUUCCAUGCCAUUGCAUCUCGCAGCUCAUGAGCAAACACGAGGCAUAGACUAAUGGAAGCAGUGGAUCUUUGCUGCGGUGGGGGGGGUCAGAGACGGCUGUCGACAAGCACAGCAACACACCUGCUGAAAUAUUCCAAAGGUUGGCAGCCCGCCGCCCUGAAUCCACAGAAGAGAGGGCGGGCGCGCUCUUGCUACUGGCGCGUGCUCCAGCAGACAGAGCAUGGCGCCGCCGCGGCUGGGUCAUCAUGCUUCGUGCGCGGUCCGAGGCGGAGAGGAUAGCGGCCCAACGAAGGUGUCCUACAAGAAACAGCGAAAUGAGAGUCAGCGGCCGAAGGGUCCACUUGGAUGAAGAGGGUGGCCAUAGCACCAAAGUGUGCCGGCCGGGCGAUAGCGCUCAGGAUGUAGGCGCAACCGCGGCCGGAGGACAGAGCACGGGCAGCGGAAUCUGGAGCGAGUGGGUGACUAGGCUGGUGGUGCUGGAGUCUUGCGGAGUCUUUCGUACGGUUGUCAAAUACUUUUGAACGAAAAUGGCGUGGGACAUGCAGCUCAAGGCGGAAUCACUGCUUCUGACGGAACGCAGUGAAACCUGUUCGUCGGGACACCAGCACGUACGUGCGCUCGACCCUCCUGAUGUCAUUAUUUGCCGGCGAGCACCCCGAAUGAUACGGAUAUGAAAGAGAUCUUGAUAAGUCCCUGGUUGUUGCCUUGAGGAGGGGUCAGAUGCCUUGAUUGUUUCCAACCGUCGCUGUGAUUGUUUCGUGCGCAGACUGAGUUGCCUCCAGUUGUGCGCCGGGGGCGUCAUCCAGACGCCACUCCAAGCUUUUCUGAGUUGUAGAGGUGGAUCGGGGCUUCUAUGAGAUCUGCAAUAGCAAUGUAGGCCAUCACGGGACAGCAUGUGCCGUUUUUGCUCACACCUGGAUCCUCCUAAUUCUUCGCUGUAGUUCGACGCUUUUCGACGCCGUUUGAGGUGGUGUAUCACGAAGGACAGAAAUUGGACAGGCCAACGCGCUGGCGAAGAGAGUACUGCGUACUCGGGAUACGUGAACUCAAGGCAGGAUGGAGGAUCAAUCAUACCCGAACUGUGUAGAAGGAGCGAUGCCGUCGAGGUGUGUGUCGAUGAUGCAUGGUCGAGUAGCGGUUGCAAGAACAAAAACUACAGCGCAGGCAGAAAAGGUCGCCUGCGUUCAUGCGCGGCCCGCAGGGCGGGUUGUUGGAUGCCGUCAAACG